GAACAAGAAAGCUCGAUUAUUUUCGCUCUGUUAUUUUCUAUCGCAGCUGCGUUUUGAAACACAGCAAUUUUGUGGAGAUAUUGAUAACUAAUCGACUACCCCUUCAGGAGCUUGCGCGGCCGAUAACUCACCCCAUCAGUAUGACUCAACUGACUCGACAAUGACCUUUGGAGGUCUUGUCGAGGCAUGCAGCUACACCGUAGCCUACUAUGCUGUCUGCGAGGCUGAAAACAACGAAGUGUCAGCCCAAGUUGACGUUACCACUGUUUUCACAACUGCUGCAGAACCAACAAAUCCUCCACCUGCGAUAACAACCUCUGCUUCUAUUAUCACAUCUACUGUGCAACCCAUCACAACCACCAGUGCUCAACUUAUCACUUCUACACUGCAGCCAGUACCAUCAGCAACAAAUACUAAUGGUCCAGUGGGAACUACUCAAACUCAAAUAACGACUCAAAAUAGUCGCGCGGAUGCGAUUUCUACAACCACAUUGCCAUCACGGGGUCAAACUUUUUCUGAGAUAUUGUCUAGUUUUGACCGAGCCACGACUAGUUUUGUAUCUCGACAAACAACUUCUUCGACACCUCGACCGUUAACGUCAACUCGAAGUGAAAAUGUGCCCCUGGGACCGUCGGAUGAAGAAGAAAAAACAGAAGAAGAGGAAGCAGACGGAAGUGGAAGCAACAGCAGCAAUACGAUUCUUCUCCUGAUAAUUCUUGUGCUCGGAGUGGCCGCAUUGGCGCUUCUUCUUUUCAUCAUCUAUGCGCUCAUCAAGAAAAAACCCUUCAUGCCAGGAUCCAGAAGACCAGAUGUGGGUGCUGAAUUAGACUGGUUUGCGGGCUCUCCAUACUUUAUAUCUAAUCCCCUGCCAAACCAAAACCCUCCUGAAUACAGUGCGCGCUACACUAAGAAAAACAGCUUGGUUCAUCUUGACUUGAUCAACAACAACAACAACAACAACAACAACAACAACAAUUUCAAUGGAGAUGGAACACCUCCACCCCCCUACGACAAUCCCAUAACCUAUCGAUGAGAAAAGGGGGCUAGGGUUGAGAGAAAAAUCACAAAAACUGCAUCGGAAAGGGCUUUUUUAGCCCAGCUGAAUCAAAUUUUACCUUUGCUAACGUAAAAAUUCCUCUAUGUUGCUGGAAAUGUUCAUUAACUAUAUAUCAUUUAUCUGACAGACGGAACAACAAUCCAUAAACAUCUCCCGAUCAAAUGAUUAAUUUCAUCCAAAAAGAUUUACAAAGUAAAGUUGCGAGAGGAGAAUUCAACUUCAGAAAAACUCGAGACGUCAGAUGAUUGAUUUUAUUGAUUUGUCUUAACCCUUUUCAAAUACAGCUCAGCUACUUACCAAACUUACUCAUUAGAUUUAAUUGAGAUCAAACCGAUUACUUUCUGACUUGCUGAGCUUAUUAAAACCUACCAUAUACUAAAUUACGGCAGUCAUUUUCUGCUGAACAACUCUAUAAAUGUAUUGUUUUUUUUAAUUGACAAGCCAAUUUUUUUGAAUUGGUUGACAUUAUGAAGCCAAAAGCAUCGACAAAAACUUCCAAUAACUUUAACAAAAAACUUUUGUGCACGGCACGGCUGGUGUGAGCACAGAAGUUUUUGUCAAAAUUGUUGAUUAUUUUUGUCGAUGUUUUUGGCUUUU